AAUCUGUCGGAUUCCGUAUGAGUGUGAGCUUUUCGAUUUAAAGUGCAACCCUAUUUUCCUGUAAAGCCAGAGCAUUAGGGGCGCAAGAGGACCACGGUUACGAUGGAAAUCAUCACAUUUGGAGAACAAUCCAGCUUUGUUGAUUCCGUGAAGGAAGAAAGUGAAGGAAAUCAGCAACUGUGGGUGGUUAAAGACGAGAUUCCUGGUGUGAGCAGAUCCAGUUUGGACCAGCAGAACCUCACAUGUUCACAGGUGAAGACAGAGGAGGAGGAACAGUGGAUCAGUCAGGAAAUAGAUCAGCUUACUGUGAAGAAUGAAGAAGAGAAACCUCAGUUGCCUGAAGUUCAUCACAUCAAAAGUGAAGACAGCAGGGAGACAGAAGCUCCAACCAGCAGCUCAGCUGAACAGAUGAAAACAGAACCUGAUGGAGAGAUCAGUGGAGGACCAGAACCUGACAGAGAACCAGAUCCAAGUACUAAUUUACAGCCAAAUAUUGAGAAAAGGCAUUUAGUUUCUUCUGAGACUGAAGUCAGUGAUGAGGGUGAAGACGACAAUCUUCACCCUGGAUCUGAAAAUGAAGACAGUGAUGAAGAUUGGAGGGAACCCAGAACACAUCAGUCAAGUGUAAAGAGCAAAGCGGGACAUAAAGCUGCCAAGAAGGCCUUCAGCUGUCCUGACUGCGGUGAACAGUUUGUGAGGAAGCAGAUGUUCCAGAAACAUAUAGCAGGUCAUUCAGGAGAAACAUCUUCCAGCUGUUCAGUUGAGAAGAAUCACUCUAGAGGGAACAAAAACAGUGAUGCACAGACGAGACUCAAACCAGGAAGAAAAUCCUUUUCUUGUGACAAUUGUGGUAAAACCUUUAUAAAACUAGCUGCUCUUAAAUGUCAUUCCAGAACCCAUUGUGGUGAAAAAUCUGUUGUUUGCAUAGAUUGUGGUAAAAUCUUUCACUCCCGGGAUGAUUUUAAAUCUCACCGGAAACUGCACAAUGGAGAAAAACUCUUUGCCUGUGAUAAAUGUGGUAAAAGAUUUAGCCAGAAACAUACCCUUAAAAUUCACAUGACUUGCCACACUGGAGAGAAACCAUUUCAGUGUGAAUUGUGUGAUAAAAAGUUUACCUCAAAUGGAGGUCUGAAGACCCACAUGACCAUCCAUAAAGGAGUAAAACCAUUUGCGUGCAGCGACUGUGGCAGAUGCUUCAGACUGAAGAGUGAUCUAAAAAGCCACAAGACAACCCACUUAGACAUAAAAUCGUUUGGCUGUGGUUACUGUGGCGUUGGUUUUUCUCACAAAAGAAGUCUUCUCCAGCAUGUUAGACUCCACACUGGGAAGAACCUAUUGUCAUGUGAUAAAUGUGAUAAAAAGUUUGUCGGGAGAUAUUAUCUUCUAAGACAUAUGCGAGUUCAUCUAAAACGGGAAAAACCGGUGACUGGAAAGGGGAACUUUUCUUGUGAGGAAUGUGGGAAGAGGUUCCUCCAGGAGGCACAUGUAAAAAGCCACGUGGUGAGUCACACAGGAGAGAAACCAUUUAGCUGUGCUCAUUGUGGCGCCAAAUUCACCCACAAAAGAAGCAUGCUGCGGCAUGUUAGACUCCACACUGGGGAGAAUCUUCUGUCAUGUGAUAAAUGCGAUAAAAAGUUUGCCCGGAACUAUUAUCUUCUAAGACAUAUGCGGGUUCAUGCGAAAGAGGAGAAAGUGGAGACUGGAAAGGGUAACUUUGCUUGUAAGGAAUGGUGAAGAAGGCGUGUUAGCCAAAUAAUUGCAAGGUUAUUCACACAGGAGAGAAAACAUUGACCAGUGACCUUUGUUUGAAAAAGUUUGCAUGAGCAGAAGGCCAGAGGAUGACCAAAAUUAUUUCAGAAGCUCAGGACGGGGAUGCAUAUUUCUGCCCAAAACAGGCAGUGGACUGUAACUUUAUUUGGUCUUUUGUGUAAACUUGCUAUUUUUUAAUAAAUGCAGAAAGUGAUCAAUUUAUUGUUUCUAUAAUGCAUCUGAAGGACAAAAGGUGACAAAAAUGUUUAUUAGCAUUAAAUAAACUCCCCAAUUUUUAAAGUUGAUUUUACAUCAAACAUAUUUUGUUAAUAUUUCUUGCGCUAAAUGGAGGCCAUUUUCCAUAAAGCUAUAUUAUUUCUAUGCUUGGACAUAGCUUCUUCAGCAAUGACGUGUUGAGGUUUACCCUCCUUGUGGACGGUUUCAGUGUCUGUUUCCUGAACGCCAGUGCAGUCAGAAGUCUGCCCCUUGAAUGUGUAGUUCACUAAUGCAGACUGAGAGACAUUUAGAGGCUAAAUAAAAAACUUAGUGGGUAUUUGGAGUUAAUUCAGUAAUUCAUGUGGGAACACCAGGAAUUUUUAAUAUUUAAUUACUUUGCAGUUUUCUGAAACACUAAAUUUGGAGGUUUUGUAAUCUGUACGCUCAUCACAAGUACAAGA